AGAAAGCGCGCGCGGGUUUUACGCUACUAACACUAGGAGGUUUCCCCGCAUCUUUGUUCCUUGUUUGGUCUGCCCGUUUCCUUGUUUGUUCUCUUUCUUUUUUGCAUUGAGAGAGGGGGAGACGAAUCAAAAGGUCGUACGCCUCUCGAACCCGGCGCGAGGAGAGACUGCAUGCGGGGGCCGGAGCGAAGGAAAGAAACCGAUGCUGCCUCGCAGCAGGCACGGCGUAGCACAGCGCCUCUAGGAGGAACAACGGACAGAAAUGACUGGCAAGGGUGGACUAGUGAAGGCGUUGAAGUCAUGAGUAGCUCCGGAGUUCGGCGAGAGGUUGAGAGUCGCCCAGAGCACUGGUGCGACGGGUCGCGACGCCAACCAGCGGUCAAGCACCUCCGCACAGAAGACGUGGAAGUUGUCGACAAAAAGGGGGAGGCUGAGACUGUCUUUAGGGGAGACAGAUCAGAAGAAGACGAAGAAAGUGACGGUGACGAUCCCGUAGUAUCCGCCGAGCUCGUUCUCCUCAAUUUUCCGGAGUUGGCCAACACCCGGUUCUUCGCAUCCUCUCAAGAGAGUCCAGCCAUCGUUACCCCCCAGAGUCUGUCAUCUGUUUGCGCUCCUGCAGCCUCUCUUUCUUCAUGUCCCACCGCGCAAUCCAGCUGCUCAUCCGACGAUGUGAACGGUCCGUCAGAUUUCUCCCCCCGAUCUGCUUCUUCCACGCGUCCUACCGAGGCGGAGCCUCCACCUCGAAAAGCCUGUGGGUCUGAAACUGCCGAUCGCGAUGCUCCAGCAGACGUCUGUUGUGCCGCUGUCUCGGCGGCGGCCGCUGUGCGGUCUCUCGGAAAUUCCCUGCGAUCUGAUAAGGAACAGGGAGAAAAAACUCAACGGAAGAAUGAGUACGCGUCGCCUGGUGCGGACAGUCAGUCUGUCGGCGCAUCUGUGACUUCUUCAUCAGGUGCGUGUGCGGUACAGCUUCGCGGCUUGACAACUGCGCAGCCGCUAGCAUUGGUCGGCGACUGUUUUUCCUUCGUGGGCCGCCAAGUUCGAGAUCCUCUGGAAACAGUCGUUUUGCUGCGGAAGGCAGACAGUAGAAAGAUUGCGGCUGGACCACAGCGGCUGUCCGUUGCGGAGUCUCGACCGCCCGUUUUGCCCGAAAAUGUUUGCAGCAGCGGUGAGGCGGGGAACGGAAGUAGUCCUUGCACCGGAAAGACCGAGAGUUUCACGGACCGCGGAACGAGGAAGAGAGGGAAAGAGGGAAACGAUGAGAUAGAUGUUGUGGCGGGACUGGUCGGCCGAUCUAUUGACUUCAUCGUCGACAUUCAGGCAGCCGCGGGCCUUGCUGCAGUAGAACGAAGCAGCUGAAAUGGGGAUUUUUGCUCGGUGCUUCUUUGUCAGCACUCUACACAAAUGAAUUCUACUGUUUCUGUUUCCCACGAGAAAUUAGCUUGUUCUUUUUUUCCAGCAAAGCGGCUGCCGCUAGAAGACGAAGUAGCGGAGCUUGCGAUGAUGCCAUUCAGCACAGGUAGUGGCUGUACUAUUACCGGUGUGUGUUGGAUGCUCUUGUUUUGACACAGGGAGUUUUAGUGUCUUAAUAUCGCGGCUUCUUUCCGCCUCAAACAAGUUUAUUUUCAGUUUGUCGUUCGCAUGGUUAUUACUCACUCCCGUCAUUUGGACAUGUGCGUAACGAAAAUGAGCACGUUGACUUUCAGCUUUUCGAAACGAAGUGCGCAUGGGUGUUAGACUUGAAAUCUUUGUCUGGUCCAAGACAUUCAUGCGGCCUCUGGAGACUUGGAAAACUUGAGGCCUUUGUCGAAGGCGCCCUUCGUGAGGAGCUGCACGGUGGAAGUACAGGGUUUGCGCCUAAACGUCAAUUAGUCUGUUCAGAGACGUCAACACUGAACUGAUGGUGGAUCCAGGGUGUACUGUUCCCCUUGCCCAGAAUAUCGACCUAUAACGAAGAGAAGGAACUGUUCUAAUAUCUGUCCUGACAAAGGAAUUGUUCGUUUUCGCCACGACCCGCCUUGUGCACCUCUGCUCAGGCCUCAUCGUACUCCUCACAUCUAGAAACCAGAAGCUAUGAAUCGAG